GCAUUUUUGGAGUCUGGCAGAGUUGUGGGUAUUAUGUGGUAGUCAUUGCUUUCGGCUGCAAAGAUGCCAGGUCUGGCAGCUGCAAGCCCUGCCCCCACUGAGUCGCAGGAAAAGAAGCCGCUAAAGCCCUGCUGCGCCUGCCCGGAGACCAAGAAGGUCAAUGCGUGCAUCAUCAAGAAAGGAGAAUAGCAUUGUGGACACCUGAUUGAGGCCCACAAGGAGUGUAUGAGAGCCCUGGGAUUUAAGAUAUUAAGUGGUGGUCUGCACUGUGAAUAAUGAAUAAUUCCUGAAGAAUGAAGAAGAGUAAAUAAUUUCGGGUGUUCUUUGAUGCACUUUGACAAAUGGAAAAAGUGUAACUUAUUAAAAA